UGAGUUCGCUUUCCUUCCCUUUUCAGCCUCAUCGCUCUCUCUGUCAAAAUCUACAGUGCCUGCUCUUUUUUCAACCCUUUUGAAGCUUAUAUAUUUGUAGUUUUCCUCUCUCCCUUCUAUGCAAACACAUUGACUGCAGUAAGCAUUUCCAGAGGUUUGAGACCUCUUGUGCUUUUGAUUCAAUCAUCAGCUGCUCUGCUCUCCUGAUUUUAAACUCAUAGCUGAUGCAUUGAAUGAUGUAAUCUGGUUCAAGUAUUCAAGUUUGGCACAUUUUGAAAGCCGAUGUCUAGUUUGACCUUUCUGUGUAUCUCCCAUUUUGAUUGAUUUCUUCCUGUGUCAAGUUCUUCACCGUGAGUCUUUUGAUAGAGAAUCUUGGAUACCCAAGUCAUGUAAUUUAUAGGGAUAUCGAUAGCAUCCUAACUGUGAAAGCCCAAGGGAUCCUUGAAGGAUAUUCCUCAUCCUUUUCAGUGUUGUAUUUCUGUUUCUGUUAGAAGCCAUUUGGGCAGCAAGAGUACGUAGUCGCUGAGUUUUAAGUAGGAGGAGCCAUGGAGGAGACUUUUGUACCAUUUCGUGGAAUAAAGAAUGAUAUUCGAGGAAGAUUGAUGUGCUACAAGCAAGAUUGGGCUGGUGGAUUCAGAGCAGGCUUCCGGAUUUUGGCCCCUACCACGUACAUAUUCUUUGCUUCUGCUAUCCCGGUCAUUUCAUUUGGUGAACAACUGGACAGAAAUACUGAAGGAGUUCUGACCGCAGUUCAGACCUUGGCAUCCACAGCAAUUUGUGGGAUUAUACACUCCAUCAUUGGAGGACAACCUCUGCUGAUCUUAGGAGUUGCAGAGCCCACUGUCAUCAUGUACACAUUCAUGUUCAAUUUUGCCAAGGAGAGACCAGAUUUGGGCCGGAAGCUGUUUCUAGCAUGGACUGGAUGGGUAUGUGUGUGGACUGCAUUCUUGCUGUUCUUACUGGCUAUCUUAGGAGCUUGCUCCAUUAUCAAUAGGUUUACCCGUGUGGCAGGAGAAUUGUUUGGUCUGCUCAUCGCUAUGCUCUUCAUGCAGCAAGCUAUUAAGGGAAUUGUGGAUGAGUUUCGCAUACCAAAACAAGAAAAUCCCAAAUUAACAGAGUUCAUACCUUCAUGGAGAUUCGCAAAUGGGAUGUUUGCUUUGGUUCUCUCAUUUGGCCUUCUGCUCACAGCAUUAAGAAGCCGAAAAGCAAGGUCAUGGAGAUAUGGGACUGGUUGGCUUCGGAGCCUUAUAGCAGACUAUGGUGUGCCCCUUAUGGUUCUAAUCUGGACAGCGGUUUCCUACAUACCUGCUGGAAGCGUUCCAAAAGGAAUUCCACGACGCCUUGUCAGCCCAAAUCCAUGGUCACCUGGUGCAUACGAGAAUUGGACUGUCAUUAAGGACAUGCUUGAUGUGCCGGUUCUCUAUAUAGUCGGAGCUUUUAUUCCAGCGACGAUGAUCGCAGUGCUUUACUAUUUUGACCAUAGUGUAGCAUCUCAACUUGCUCAGCAGAAAGAAUUCAAUUUGAGAAAGCCACCGUCUUUCCAUUAUGACUUGCUUCUUUUAGGGUUCUUGACCAUUAUGUGUGGUCUUAUUGGAAUCCCUCCAUCAAAUGGUGUCAUCCCACAAUCUCCAAUGCAUACAAAAAGUCUGGCUACUCUUAAACAUCAGUUGCUUCGUAACCGUCUUGUUGCAACAGCACACAAAAGUAUGAGAAAGAACUCAAGCUUAAGUCAAUUGUAUGGAAAUAUGCAAGAAGCUUAUCAGCAAAUGCAGACCCCUUUGAUCUACCAGGAGCCCUCAGCUCGGGGACUAAAGGAGUUAAAAGAAUCAACAAUUCAAUUGGCUUCAAGCAUGGGGGCAAUUGAUGCCCCAGUUGAUGAGACGGUAUUUGAUGUUGAGAAGGAGAUUGAUGACCUACUGCCUGUGGAGGUGAAAGAACAGCGCCUGAGCAACUUGCUUCAAGCUGCAGCAGUUGGUGGAUGUGUUGCAGCCAUGCCUAUCCUUAAAAUGAUCCCAACCUCAGUACUUUGGGGCUACUUUGCCUUCAUGGCCAUUGAAAGUUUACCAGGUAACCAGUUUUGGGAAAGGAUCUUAUUGCUCUUCACCGCACCAAGCAGAAGAUACAAAGUUCUUGAGGAGUAUCAUGCCACCUUCGUGGAAACUGUGCCUUUCAAGAGUAUUGCGACAUUUACAAUUUUCCAAACAGCAUACUUGCUUAUCUGUUUUGGGAUCACAUGGGUUCCAAUUGCAGGGUUGUUGUUCCCCUUGAUGAUCAUGCUUUUGGUUCCUGUGAGACAAUACUUUCUGCCCAAGUUUUUCAAAGGGGCACACCUUCAAGAUUUAGAUGCAGCAGAGUAUGAAGAGGCACCAGCUUUACCUUUCAAUCUUGCAAUGGAGGGAGAGAUGGGGGCUGGAGCUUCUUUGGCAGAGGGUGGAGAGAUUUUAGAUGAAAUAAUUACUAGAAGCCGUGGUGAAAUUAGGCAUAUGUGCAGUCCUAAGAUCACAAGUUCCACUGCAACACCAACAAAAGAUCCAAGAAAUUUUCAGAGUCCUCGUCUAUCAGAAAAAGCAUACAGCCCUCGAGUAAGCGAACUAAGAGGGGAGCAUAGUCCUCGAUCAAGCGGGAGAGGGAAAUACAGUCCAAAGACAGGAGAAGCAAGGCCGUCUAGCUUGGGAAAGAGUCCACAUUCAUCAAACUAAUGAGAAGAAUUAGCUAGUUUAAUAAAUCUCUCUCUCUACUAAGUUCAAUAUUUGCUUUCUUGUUGCACCAUCUCUUUUCAAUGUUGUCUUGGACCCUUGACUGGAAAUUAUAUAAACCCUCUCCUUUAGCAAAGAGGGGAGCUGUAACCAUAGAAUUGUUUGGCCCUUCUGUUUCAACAAUUCUAGUGACUACUACUCUCUUCUUGUACUGUCUUGUUUCCUCUGUUUCUUGAAAAGGAAACUAGGUAUUGGAGAUUGUGUAUUCACUCCUUGCAUGUAUAUCCACUUUUCGGUUUUCUUCGAUU